AUGCCUCGACCUAAACAGAAUCCCAGAGCCCGCCGCACGCGAGGCAAAUCGUACCAGCAAGGCACCAUGCAUCCUGCUGGCCUGAUCCCGUUCCUGCCUCCAAAAUCUGGUCGGUCCUAUUCUCUUGAUGUUGAUGUUUAUCCAAGAAGCAUCGGGUUUGGGGUCAACAUUGGGGAGCAAAGUAUCAAGAUAAUGAAGACGGCCCUUCCGAUUGGCAAUCGCGAACUCAAGUUGGUGCUUGACGCAAGGUCCAAGAAUCUAAGUGCCUACUUCCCGCUCCCGGCCAGGUCGGAAUCCUGGUCGGGGACGAGAGAGUUCAAGUUCACCAUCGAUGUGAAGCAGAUGAAGACUGUCCGCUACAUCGACGACCCCGACCAUCUCCGUUGUGCUCUUGUCAUCUCGUUGGACUUCCCGCCCCAGUACUUUCUAAAAGGAAAAUAUGCAUACGAGACUGAAGAUCUCUCUCAGUUCGGAGAUACAAGGCCACGAUGGCUCAAAGACAGGGACUUUUGGAGCCGCACCACCGACGUUGCCGAAGACAUAAACGUUCCUCUUGCAUAUCCUAUAUCUCUGCAUAACGACAUGAAAGACCCUGAGCAUAUAGAUAUCGGCCGCUGGACGACAUUCCACUUUGUCCUCGACAAGAAUAGCGGGCCACGAGAGAGCGCCAUUGCUCGGCUCUGUUCCGCUCUCGAGGAGCUCAACAUUCGAUUCGUACGCACACCCGAUAUCGAGAUUCUUCCCCGAAGUGAUGCUAUUGUGUGGCAACGUCUGAAUCACUAUAUGUCCAUCGAACACAGAGGUGCUUUUGCCCUUUUGGAACAUUCUUCCACGUCUAUUCACCUUGAAUUUCCCGUUCGCUACCAGCUUGAAGUUUGCAUAUCAAAGGGAAUCAUCAAUGAGCACGAGAUAACCGAGGCCUUUCUUGCAAAACUGUCUGAAGAAAAGCCCAUCAAGGCUCGUCUGCGGCUAGAAUUUGCCGCAGAUCAAGGGAAAAGGCUCAAGGAUCCAAUGGAAGCCUUCACAAAUCCGAAUGCAUUGGAGUACGCUCCAAACGUUGGCCUUCCACACUACUGCACUCUAGUCCGCAAGGCGAAUGUCACACCGACUACAGUUAGAUUCAGCACACCUGUUGCUGAGACUUCCAACAGAGUUCUCCGAAAAUAUGACAGACUGCAAGACAGGUUUCUACGCGUGCAGUUUCUGGAGGAGUCGGAGAAGGGCAAGAUCGGUAUGUCACGGGGCAAUAACGAAGCUAUAUACACCCGGCUUUUAAGGACUUUGUACCAAGGGAUCCGGAUAGGCGAUCGAACAUAUGAAUUCCUAGCAUUUGGGAGCUCCCAGCUCAAGGAAUGCGGUGUCUACUUCUUCUGUCCCACCCAGAACACCUCGUGCGAUGAUAUUCGGCAGUGGAUGGGCGAGUUCAACCACAUCAAGAUAAUAGCAAAAUACACAGCCAGGGUGGGGCAGUGCUUCUCGACGACAAGAGAGAUCAAGGGAAUCCGCUCGCCCACGGUUUGUAAGAUUCCCGACAUUGAGAGAAACGGCUAUUGCUUCACAGAUGGCGUCGGAAUCAUCUCUAGCUUCCUCGCGCGAAUCAUCAUGGAAGACAUGAGGAUAAAUGUCCCCGUUGAACCAUCGGCCUUUCAGUUCCGAAUGGGUGGCUGCAAGGGAGUCUUGGCUGUGUGGCCACGGGCAAAGGGUAUGGAGGUGCACAUACGGAAGUCGCAGGAGAAGUUCAAAACAGACUUCAACAGCCUUGAAAUCAUCCGACAUUCCAAGUUUUCAUCGGCGUCGUUGAACCGUCAAACCAUCGUAUUGCUUGAAGCACUGGGUGUUCCGUCAAGCGUUUUUGAAACACUGCUAGACCAACAAUUGCGGCAGUUUGAGGCGGCAAUGGACGACACAUCUAUGGCUCUGCGGAUGCUGGCCCAAUUUGUCGAUGAGAACCAGGUCACACUCAUUAUUUCCAAGCUCCUCAGGGCCGGUUUCGUCAGCAAUUCGAUCAAGGAGCCCUUUGUCGUGAGCGUCCUCCACCUGUGGCGUUCUUGGUCGCUGAAGCUUCUCAAGGAGAAGGCAAGGAUUCAGGUUGGCCAGAGUGCAUUCGUUCUCGGGUGCGUUGACGAGACAGGAUCAUUGAGAGGACACUCGUUCGAAACGGAAAGCCUGAAGAGACCCGAAGUCGACAACCUUCCCCAGAUAUUUCUCCAAAUCACAGACCCGACGAGCCCCCGGAAGACCAUUAUCAUAGAGGGGAUCUGCGCUGUGGGGAGGAAUCCGUCGCUGCACCCGGGUGAUAUCAGGGUGGUCAAUGCAGUCAACGAGCCAAAGUUGCAUCACCUGAGAGACGUCGUCGUUUUCCCGAAAACGGGUGACAGGCCUGUCCCAAAUAUGCUCUCCGGCGGCGACCUCGACGGCGACGACUAUUUCGUCAUCUGGGACCAGAGACUCAUACCUAAAGAAUGGAACUUCAAACCCAUGAACUAUACGGGAAUCAUUCCAGAGGAGCUCAACCGCGACGUCAACGUAAAUGACAUGCGAGAAUUCUUUGUGUCCUAUGUCAAGAAUGACGUCUUGGGUCUCGUGGCCACGGCACAUCUGGGUCUCGCUGACAAGGAGGGGCCCAAAUCACCCAAGUGCCUCCUUCUUGCAGAGCUGCAUUCCCAAGCGGUUGACUUCCCCAAGACAGGCCAUCCCGCCGAAUGGAACGAGAGCCUACAACCCAGGGCGUGGCCGCAUUUUAUGGAGAAGACGAGGUCGUACCGAUCUGGCAAGGCCUUGGGUCGGAUAUUCGACAAGGUCUCUGAGCAGCCAGUCGAGUUCCGCCCAGAAUGGGAGCACGGCUUUGACAAGAGGAUCCUCAACCACUUCGGGCGCGAUCCGGCCUUGCUCGUGGCGGCCAGGGUGACCAAGGUGCAGUACGAUACGUCAGUGCGGCGCAUCCUAGCCCAGCACGGCGUAGCGACCGAGUUUGAGCUAUGGACCGGCUUCGCCAUGUCCAAGCCGACGGUUGGGACCGAUUACAAGAGACAGGAACAGCUGGGAAGGGAGUACGAUUCGCUCAGACAGCGAUUCCGCGAAAUUUGCUACCAGGAAGCCGGGGGCCGCGACGCAGAGAGUGUCGACCGGUUCGUCGUGGCCAUGUAUCAAGUCACGGAGGAACAGGUCAAGGCGGCCUUGGCCGAGCAGAAUCAGGUGGAGCACGCACCCGACGAGGAUACCCCGGCUGCCGCCCUUCAGGCACUUGAUGCCUCUAGCAUGCCCCUCAUCAGCUUCCCGUGGAUUUUUCAUUCUGCGCUGAUCCGCAUAGCGCAUGCAAGUGGCCUCGAAGCCGACAAGUGA